AUGGCUUUUAGAGGUGAUGAUGAAUCUUAUGACUCCUCUAAUCAAGGCAAUUUCAUUGAGUUGGUGAAGGCUUUUGCAAGAAUGAAUGUAAACAUUGAAAAAGUUGUGUUACAAAAUGCUCCCUUGAAUGCCCAAUAUAUUUCAAAUAAGAUACAAAAGGAGAUCCUAAGUAUCUAUUCUACCAAAGUGAGAAAGAGGAUACGCGAUGAAAUUGGGGUAGAUGGGAAAUUUUGUAUUCUUGUUGAUGAAGCGCUAGACGACUCUAAGAAGGAACAAAUGGCUAUUAUCAUAAGUGAUAUUUGUAAAGUUCUUGGCAAGCAUAAUCUUUUAGUGAGCAAUAUGCGUGGUCAAGGAUAUGAUGGUGCUAGCAAUAUGAGUGGUGAAUGGAGUGGCUUACAAGAGUUAUUUCUCAAUGAUUGUCCAUAUGCAUAUUAUAUACACUGCUUUGCUCAUCGUCUUCAAUUAACUUUAAAUGGUGCAGCUAAAGAGAUUAUCAGCUGGGGUACUAGAUUUCCGUAUGAGACUGUGGAACUCAUUUCUCUUAGCUCAGCAUUAGAUCCUCAUGAUGCUUUCAAGUGGUUUAACAUUGAUGAUAUAUGCACUCUUGCUGAGAAAUUUUACCUUUUAGAUUUCACUACAACUGAGUUGCAUGCUUUAAAUCAGCAAUUGGGAUUUUAUAAGAUUGAUAUGGAUAACAUUCAAGCUUUCAAGAAUAUUGAUUCCAUCCUUAUAUUACUUGAGCGCUUAAUUGAAACAAAAUUAGCAGAAACAUACUACUUGAUUGACAGAUUGAUUCAUUUGGUGCUAACUAUUUCUGUGUCUAUAGCAACAACAGAACGAGCAUUUUCAUGUAUGAGACUUAUUAAAAAUCUAUUGCAUAAUAAGAUAGCUGAUGAGUUUCUUGCUGAUUGUAUGCUACUUCAUAUUGAAAGAGAAUUAGCUGAUAAUAUAGAUAAUGAAUCCAUAAUUAGUGAUUUUGAUGCUGUGAAGACUCGAAGGGUGCAACUUAUAUAA